AUGAAUGUCCUGCCUCCACCAGAUUACCCUCCCGUCAAGCCAAGCGAGUAUCCCCAAGUCCCAGCUCGAACGCUACCCGCGACACUUGAACAAUUGCAUGCCUUUUGCGCCAAUGGCGACUACCAGAAGUUCCGGGAGAUUCUUGACUUGGCAAGUUCUUCACCGGGGGACUUUGACAUAUGCGACUUCAAUGCGGUAAUGAUCGAAGCCAUCAAACGAGACGAUGCGCAGUUGAUAAAAGAGCUUCUUGAUCGCGGCUUGCCCAUAGAUCCGCUCUAUGCAUUGGAAGCUAUCAAAGUGAAGGGUAAGAAUGCUCUGGAUAUCUUCCUUCAAAACGGGUGGGACAUCAACCAGCCAUUGAGCGAGCUUAAACCUCCUGUGCUAGGGUAUGCUAUUGAAGAUGAGGAGAUGACAGCUUGGCUCCUUGCUCAUGGAGCUGACCCCAAUCGUCAAUGCGUUAUUGAUCUUACCCCAUUUUCUUUUGCUGUUGAAAACGCCCCUGUUUCUAUAAUCCGCCUCAUUCUCAGUCGUGGUGGAGAUGUUCAAAAGGGCAAACUCCUUCAUCAUGCAAUGGAACGGCAGUCGGAGACCAUCGAGGUCUUAAAACUUCUCAUCGAAAAAGGAGCACCUAUCAAUUCAACCAUGUACGAGAAUCAUUAUCCUUCUCGGGCAUUAUUCCAGUUUAUGGGUCUCGGGACACCUCUCCACAAAGCAGCUGCGCUUGGCAGAGUGGAUGUAGUUCGUUACCUGAUCGGCGAGGGAGCCAACCAGAGUAUCAAAGAUUCAAAUGGUCGUACAGCUAUGGAGUGUGCGCAAAUGUUGAACCAGUGGGAGGUCGUCGAGACAUUACAGAAUGGGAAGUAG